AUGGCGUACUCCAGCUUUUUGUCCCCGCAUCUGAAACGGUUCUCUUCCUUUUGUUGUUCUUGUUGCCACCAGAAGAGGGAGCAGAAGCCUGAGCAAACAAAUGGCUUCCCAGAACGAUCUUCAACUAAGCGUUCCACUUCUCCGAUGGGAGAACUUGAGCUGAACACCGGUCCGUUGAGACUUGACGGCCUGCCUCCAGGGGCAGGGGCUGCCGGUCCAGGUUUACGAGUGGCUCAAGUUCGUCUCCUGGAACGCAGGACAAGCAGCAGGCCGAGCAGUCGUCCCGGGACACCGACAUCCAACACUUCAUCCACCCCGACCCCAUCAGAGGAGCAAAACGAUGGAGAGGAGGAGGCAGCUGAACCUGAGGAUGAUGUCCAGGCAGUUGAACCUGAUGGUGCGACGCUGUCUGUGCCGCCACCGCGUCUGCUCAAGAGACCCUUUCAGCUCCUUAUUGCUGCAGCCAUGGAGAGAAAUCCCACACAGUUCCAGCUGCCCAGUGAGCUCACGUGCACUACUGCACUACCAGGCAGCAGUAAACGAAGGAGAAAAGAGGAGCUGCUGGGUAAGCCGUUCAGGAGACCCCAGCACGAACUGGAUCCCAAUGGCCUGGUUCCUCUACCUGUCAAAGUCUGUUUUUCAUGCAAUAGGAGUUGCAGAUUGGCUCCGCUGAUCCAGUGUGAUUAUUGUCCACUUCUUUUCCACAUGGACUGUCUGGACCCCCCACUGACAGCUUUACCUGCUGGCAAGUGGAUGUGUCCAAACCACGUUGAGCAUUUAGUGCUGAACCAGAGAACCCUUAGCUUGUCAAGCCGCUGUCAGCUCUUUGACCAAUUCCAGGACAGGAUAUCUCAGCAUGCUGUCAGGUUGAACUUUCUUCGUAGAGUCCAUCGACAGAAUGCUCCCAAUAGGCAGUCCUCUUACCAGAAAAAGAAAACAAUAAAGGUGCCAGAUGCAAUCAAGUCUCAGUACCAGAAUCCUCCCCCCAUGCUGCAUCCUGCAGGGGUGCAUGAGAUGGAGUUGGUCUGUAGCAGACUACCCGGCCUCCUUCCAUCUAAGCACCUAACAACUGAGAUUGAGCAAGAGGAGUGGCUUCAGGACAUCAUUGCACUCCAAUGUAGCAUCAUGAGACACUUAUCCAUUAAUCAGAAGGUCAGAUCUGCUGCAUCCACAGAAAGUCCGGCCGAAUUUGAGAGUAAAAAAACAUGUAUUGCAUCAGAAGAUAUCAAAAUUCAGGCCAGUGAAGAAAGAACCUCCCAUGAUCCAUGCUCUAAGCCCUGCGUCAUGCCCGAGUCCCCAGAAGGAGCCUUUAUAUCCAGGAACACAACAGCAGAGCUGGGAGUUUGUAAGUGCAGCUUGGCACCUUGUCCGAAAUGUAGGAAACCGAAUGGACCUCUGGCAGAACUUCAGCCCUCAAGAGCCAAUGGACCCCUAGACUGUAAGGCUGCCUCAGACCCCUGCAAGCUGCCUGACCUUCAACACAGACUAAAAACUAUGACAAAACCAUCCUUGGAGACAGAUAUUCCUUCAGCGACAAUGAACCACAUAGGAACGGAAACGGUUAAAAAAGAUCCAGAGAGUUCUACUAAAGCCUUCAUUCAGAAGAACUGCCCCACAGGCCCAACAGUUUGGCCACUCAACAGCCAGCAGAACUACAGGAGCCAGACGGAGCUUCAGGAGCACUGUUUGAGCAGCGAUGAAAAACCGCCGGCCUGCAUCACCAGCAGCUCCUCGCCAGACUCGCCACCAAAAGUCACCGAUAAGCCCAACUCCACUAAACAGGGACAGUUAUCGCUGCCACCAGAUGUAAAAGUUGAUUCUGGACUGAUGGACUCAUUGGUGCCCAGUACACUCUCCUCUCACUCAAACCUUUCCACGUUCAUAAACAGUGCAAGAGACGUAGCAGGGAUUGAGCUGGACAAGUUGGAUGCAGAAAUGAUUAAGCUCCUGGCCUACCAAAGGAUCCAACAGCUCUUCCCCCCCAAAGUUCUCAGCCCACCUCCUCCUCCAGCCUCAAGCACUUCCUCAAAAAUCCCUCCCCCGCACCAUGACGGUCAGAGAAAGGUGCAGGCACGAGCUGUUUUCUAUCCUCUGGCAGGAAGAGGAGAGACUGUAAACAUGUGCUACAGGACAUUGUACAUAGGAUCUGGUGCCGACAUGGAUGUGUGCCUUACGAACUACGGUCACUGCAACUUCAUAUCGGGAAAACACGCCUGUAUUUUCUACGAUGAGAAUACAAAGCACUAUGAGCUCCUCAACUACAGCGAACAUGGUACAACAGUGGAUAAUGUCCUUUACUCGUGUGACUUCUCUGAGAAGGCCUCUCCGCCCCCACCCAGCAGCCUUGUAGCCAGGGUCCAAGGAAUAAUCCGUCGCAGCAAGAAAAGAGAGGAUGACAAGGCGGUUGGUUUUAUGCCAGCUGGGGGCGUGAUGAGCAGUCAGCCUCGGGGCGGCGUGGAGUCGGCAUGCAGCUGUAAAGUUAGCAGUUCCAGCCUCAUAGGUGGCAGCGGUGCAGGCUGGGAGGGGACGGCUCUCCUGCACCAUGGAAGUUACAUUAAACUCGGCUGCCUUCAAUUCGUCUUCAGCAUCACAGAGUAUGCCGACGAACUGCCAAAGGAGGAGAACGCUGUUCUUCACCCUUCCUGGUGCACAAGUUCCACCUUGAGCAGUGAUGGUAUGACAAGUGCUGCUCCUGCCUCCACCUCCACACCCCCACCACCCACCGCUGCCAUGGUAAGCAGCCCCUCCAGCCAGGAUGAGGCAGACACCGAGUCUGCUACUCCCCACCAAGUGCCCGUGCUGCGCUUCAACUCCGUUCCAUAACAUGUACGGGACAUGUGUUCUUCUGUUUUAUUUUGCACCUUCAGUGUCACAAAAAGGAGAAAACUACAUUGCAGGACGGUCAGCCGUAAAAGCCGCAUCCCCCCAUUUCAAAUUGUUUAUAUUUGCAUGAACUUGAAGUGUUAUUGACAAUCCCUUCUGUUUGAGAAUGACUGACAGUAACUUUGUUUUCACUUGAGACUGUUAGUACCUUGGGAAAAGAUUUACUUGAGCUUAUUUACUUUUUACAUUAUAUAUUAGUUAUUUGUAAUAUAACCUUGCUGUGUCGGUCAGAAUCAUUUAGCAGUAAACCUUUUGCUAGUAUUCCAUGCGUUGUUUUUGUUAUGUUUGUUUGUUUUGCUGCUUUUGCACCACAGGUAGUUAUAAAUUUAUGUAAACAUACAUGCUUACACACUAUGUAAACAUACUGUAAAUGUAGAGAAUUCAAUGUUCCUCAGUUAGAGGAACUUUGAAACCAUGUAGAUUUACCAUGUUUUUUUGUUUUUUUUACUGUACAGUCCAUGAAAAUUGAGAUAACGUGUAGACUACCUUUAGUUUUGUGAUACAACUUGUUCUUAUGUACUUUCUGCUCUUGUUCAUCUGUCAAUACCAUAUAGUUUUAGCACUCAUUUUAACAUCAUGUGUUGCUCUGUAUAUAUAUAUGCAUUCUUGGUCUAUAUUGGCUUGUCUGUUAAAAAAAACUGUAAAUACAGAAAGAUUUUU